ACGGGAGGAAGUUUCCCGAAGUUGUCCCUUUAUUCCGGAGCUCGGCCCGCGACCCGGCCAGAGCGCGGAGUCCGCCCAGCCUGAGAGAAAUCGGAGUUGGGGUGCUAAGAGAGGAAGGCGCCCCGAGUCCGAGAGGGCGGCUUUGCCUCUCUCUGCUCGCCCCUCGCCUUCCGGGCGCGCCGCUGGGCUCGGACUGGGACCGAAGAGGAGAAGAAAGCGUUGGGGUCGCCGGCGCUUCCCCCUGCGGACAUAGACCGUCUGGGGCCCGGAGCCGCCUAGACAGUCUCCGGGGACGAAGCCGAGGGAUACCGGACCCCACCAGGAUUAUAAAGCAGGCAGACGGGAAGGGGACCCUGGAGGAACCCCCUCACCAGGCUGGCCACCAUGUGGGGGCUGCUGAUCUGGACUCUGCUGACCCUGCACCGGAUCCGCGCGGCUGGAGCCCAAGAUGACGUGUCCCCAUAUUUCAAGACGGAGCCAGUGCGGACGCAGGUGCACCUGGAAGGGAACCGCCUGGUCCUCACGUGCAUGGCCGAGGGCAGCUGGCCGCUGGAGUUCAAGUGGCUCCACAACAACCGAGAGCUGACCAGAUUCUCCCUGGAGUACAGGUACAUGAUCACCAGCCUGGACCGCACCCACGCUGGCUUCUACCGCUGCAUCGUGCGUAACCGGAUGGGAGCCCUGCUGCAGCGGCAAACUGAGGUCCAGGUGGCCUACAUGGGCAGCUUUGAGGAGGGCGAGAAGCACCAGAGAGUCUCCCACGGGGAAGCAGCUGUCAUCCGCGCCCCGCGCAUCGCCAGCUUCCCGCAGCCGCAGGUGACGUGGUUCCGGGACGGCCGCAAGAUCCCGCCGAGCAGCCGCAUAGCCAUCACGCUGGAGAACACCCUUGUCAUCCUGUCGACUGUGGCUCCGGACGCAGGCCGCUACUACGUGCAAGCUGUUAAUGACAAGAACGGGGAUAACAAGACCAGCCAGCCCAUCACUCUCGCCGUGGAGAACAUUGGGGGGCCUGCGGACCCCAUCGCCCCAACCAUCAUCAUCCCUCCCAAGAACACCAGUGUGGUGGCCGGAACGUCGGAGGUGACCCUGGAGUGCGUGGCCAAUGCCAGGCCCCUGAUCAAGCUGCACAUCAUUUGGAAGAAGGAUGGAGUGCUGCUGUCGGGUGGCAUCAGCGACUACAACCGCCGGCUCACUAUCCCCAGCCCCACGGGCAGCGAUGCCGGCUACUACGAGUGUGAGGCCAUCCUGCGCAGCAGCAGCGUCCCCUCCGUCGUCCGGGGAGCCCACCUGUCCGUGUUAGAACCGCCUCAGUUUGUCAAGGAGCCAGAGAGACACAUCACAGCGGAGAUGGAGAAAGUGGUGGACAUUCCCUGUCGGGCCAAAGGGGUGCCGCCACCCUCCAUCACCUGGUACAAGGACGCAGCCGUGGUCGAGGUGGAGAAGUUGUCCCGCUUCCGGCUGCGUGGCGAUGGGGGCCUGCAGAUCAGCGGGCUGGAACCUGACGACACCGGCAUGUUCCAGUGCUUUGCCCGCAAUGUGGCCGGCGAGGCACAGACCUCCACCUACCUGGCUGUCACCAGCAUCGCCCCCAACAUCACCAGGGGCCCCCUGGACAGCACAGUGAUUGACGGCAUGUCCGUGGUGCUGGCGUGUGAGACCUCGGGGGCGCCCCGGCCGGCCAUCACGUGGCAGAAAGGGGAGCGCAUCCUGGCCAGCGGCUCUGUCCAGCUGCCGCGCUUCACGCUCCUGGAGUCCGGCAGCCUGCUCCUCAGCCCCGCGCACAUCUCCGACGCCGGCACCUACACCUGCUUAGCUACCAACUCACGGGGGGUCGAUGAGGCCUCGGCCGACCUGGUCGUCUGGGCCCGGACUCGCAUCACCAAGCCACCCCUGGACCAGAGCGUCAUCAAGGGCACGAUGGCCUCCAUGGUGUGCGGCGUGACCCACGACCCCCGGGUGACGGCCAGGUACGUCUGGGAGAAGGAUGGGGCCACCCUGGGCACGGACAGCAACCCCCGCAUCCGCCUGGACAGAAACGGCUCACUGCACAUCUCGCAGACAUGGUCCGGGGACAUCGGCACGUACACCUGCCGAGUGCUCUCAGCUGGCGGCAAUGACUCACGCAGCGCCCACCUGCGCGUCAGGCAACUGCCCCACGCACCCGAGCACCCAGUGGCCACGCUCAGCUCUGCAGAGAGGCGAGCCAUCAACCUGACGUGGGCCCGGCCCUUCGACGGUAACAGCCCCUUGCUGCGCUACGUUCUGGAGAUGUCGGAGAACAAUGCCCCCUGGACAGUGCUCCUGGCCAGCGUGGACCCCGAGGCAACCUCAGUGACGGUCAAGGGCUUGGUCCCCGCGCGCUCCUACCAGUUCCGCCUCUGUGCCGUCAACGACGUGGGAAAAGGACAGUUCAGCAAGCACACGGAGAGGGUCUCCCUUCCCGAGGAGCCCCCCACGGCCCCUCCACAGAACGUCAUUGCCAGCGGCCGCACCAACCAGUCCAUCAUGAUCCAGUGGCAGCCGCCCCCCGAGAGCCACCAGAACGGCCUCCUCAAGGGCUACAUCAUCAGGUACUGCCUUGCCGGGCUCCCUGUUGGGUACCAGUUUAAGAACAUCACGGAUGCUGAUGUCAACAACCUGCUGCUGGAGGACCUCAUCAUCUGGACCAACUACGAGAUCGAGGUGGCCGCCUACAACAGCGCUGGGCUGGGUGUCUACAGCAGCAAAGUCACCGAGUGGACACUGCAGGGAGUUCCCACGGUCCCCCCAGGCAACGUCCACGCCGAAGCCACCAAUUCCACGGCCAUCCGCUUCACCUGGAACGCCCCCAGCCCCCAGUUCAUCAAUGGAAUCAACCAGGGCUACAAGCUGAUCGCCUGGGAGCCGGAGCAGGAAGAGGAGGUUACCAUGGUGACCGCCCGGCCCAACUUCCAGGACAGCAUCCACGUGGGCUUCGUGUCCGGCCUGAAGAAGUUCACCGAGUACUUCACCUCAGUUCUGUGCUUCACCACCCCCGGGGACGGGCCCCGCAGCACCCCGCAGCUGGUGCGCACCCACGAGGACGUGCCCGGGCCCGUGGGACACCUAAGCUUCAGUGAAAUCCUGGACACCUCGCUGAAGGUCAGCUGGCAGGAGCCAGGGGAGAAGAACGGCCUCCUCACAGGGUACCGGAUCUCCUGGGAGGAGUACAACCGGACCAACACCCGCGUGACCCACUACCUGCCCAACGUGACCCUGGAGUACCGAGUCACGGGCCUCACCGCGCUCACCACCUACUCCAUCGAGGUGGCCGCCAUGACCUCCAGGGGCCAGGGCCAGGUGUCCGCCUCCACCAUCUCCUCCGGGGUGCCGCCAGAACUCCCGGGGGCCCCCACCAACCUGGGCAUUUCCAACAUCGGGCCCCGCUCUGUGACUCUGCAGUUCCGACCGGGUUACGAUGGGAAAACCUCCAUCUCCCGCUGGCUGGUGGAGGCCCAGGUGGGCAUGGUCGGGGAGGGAGAGGACUGGCUGCUGAUUCACCAGCUCGCCAACGAGCCCGACGCCCGCUCCAUGGAGGUGCCCGACCUCAACCCCUUCACCUACUACAGCUUCCGCAUGCGCCAGGUGAACAUCGUGGGCACCAGCCCGCCCAGCCAGCCCUCCCGGAAGGUCCAGACCCUCCAGGCACCCCCUGACAUGGCCCCUGCCAACGUGACCCUGCGCACGGCCAGUGAAACCAGCCUGUGGCUCCGCUGGAUGCCCCUGCCGGAGAUGGAGUACAAUGGCAACCCCGAGUCGGUGGGCUACAAGAUCAAGUACAGCCGGGCGGACGGCCGCGGCAAGACCGUGAGCCACGUGGUGCACGACCGGGUGGAGCGCGAGUACACCCUGGAGGACCUGGAGGAGUGGACCGAGUACCGCGUGCAGGUGCAGGCCUUCAACGCCAUCGGGAGCGGGCCCUGGAGCCAGCCCGUGCUGGGCAGGACGCGGGAGUCAGUGCCCUCCUCCGGCCCCACCAACGUGUCGGCACUGGCCACUACAGCCAGCAGCGUGCUGGUGCGCUGGAACGAGAUCCCCGAGGCCGAGCGCAACGGGCUGGUGCUGGGUUAUAAGGUGGUGUAUAAGGAGAAGGACUCGGACUCCCCACCGCAGCUCUGGCUGGUGGAAGGGAACGCCUCACGCAGUGCCCAGCUCACGGGCUUGGGCAAAUACAUUCUGUACGAGAUCCAGGUGCUGGCAUUCACGCGCGUCGGGGACGGCAGCCCCAGCCACCCCCCCAUCCUGGAACGGACUCUGGAUGAUGUCCCAGGACCGCCUGUGGGCAUCCUGUUCCCCGAGGUGAGGACCACGUCCGUGCGGCUGAUCUGGCAGCCCCCCGCAACCCCCAAUGGCAUCAUUCUUGCUUACCAGAUCACGCACCGGCUCAACGCCACCUCGGCCAGUGCCGCCACGGUGGAGGUGCUCGCCCCCGGCGCCCGCCAGUACACGGCUACUGGCCUCAAGCCCGAGUCCAGCUACCUGUUCCGCAUCACGGCCCAGACCCGCAAGGGCUGGGGAGAGGCUGCCGAGGCCCUGGUGGUGACCACGGAGAAGAGAGACCGCCCGCAGCCCCCCAGCAAGCCGACGGUGCAGCAGGAGGACGUGAGGGCGCGCAGCGUGCUGCUGUCCUGGGAGCCGGGCAGCGACGGGCUGUCCCCGGUGCGCUACUACUCGGUGCAGAUGCGCGAGCUGCCCGGCGGCCGGUGGGCGCUGCACUCCGCCUCCGUGAGCCACAACGCCUCCACCUUCCUCGUGGACAGGCUCAAGCCCUUCACGUCCUACAAGUUCCGAGUAAAGGCGACUAACGACAUCGGGGACAGCGAGUUCAGUGAGGAGUCGGAAUCCCUGACAACACUGCAGGCCAUCCCCGAUGAAGCACCCACCAUCCUCUCAGUGACGCCGCACACCACCACCUCCGUGCUGAUCCGCUGGCAGCCGCCCGCGGAGGACAAGGUCAACGGCAUCCUGCUGGGCUUCCGGAUCCGCUAUCGGGAGCUGCUCUACGAGGGGCUGAGGGGCUACACAGUGCGCGGCCUGCACAACCCCGGGGCCACGUGGGCGGAGCUCACCCCCGUGUACUCCACGCGGAACCUGAGCCGGCCCAGCCUCACGCAGUACGAGCUGGACAACCUGAACAAGCACCGGCGCUACGAGAUCCGGAUGAGCGUGUACAACGCGGUGGGCGAGGGGCCCUCCAGCCCGCCCCAGGAGGUCUUUGUAGGGGAGGCAGUGCCGACUGCAGCGCCCCGCAACGUGGUGGUCCACGGCGCCACAGCCACACAACUGGACGUAACGUGGGAGCCACCUCCGCUGGAGAACCAGAACGGGGACAUCCAGGGCUAUAAGAUUUACUUCUGGGAAGUCCAGCGGCAGAAUCUGACGGAGAAGGUGAAGACGCUCUUCCUGGCCGAGAGCGGCGUGAAGCUCAAGAACCUGACCGGCUACACAGCCUACAUGGUCAGCGUGGCGGCCUUCAACGCCGCCGGGGAUGGGCCGCGGAGCACACCCACCCGGGGCCAGACCCAGCAAGCAGCCCCCAGUGCUCCCAGCUCUGUCCGGUUCAGCGAGCUGACCACGACUUCAGUGAACGUGUCCUGGGAGACCCCACAGUUCCCCAACGGCAUCCUGGAAGGCUACCGGCUGGUGUACGAGCCCUGCACCCCAGUGGACGGUGUCAGUAAGAUCGUGACAGUGGACGUGAAGGGGAACAGCCCCCUGUGGCUGAAGGUGAAAGACCUCGCAGAAGGCAUGACCUACAGGUUCCGCAUCAGAGCCAAGACCUUCACCUACGGGCCGGAGAUCGAAGCCAACGUCACCACGGGCCCCGGAGAAGGUGCCCCGGGCCCGCCUGGAGUGCCCAUCAUCGUGCGGUACAGCUCUGCCAUCGCCAUCCACUGGUCCAGCGGAGACCCCGGCAGAGCGCCCGUCACCCGCUAUGUCAUAGAGGCCAGGCCUUCAGAUGAGGGGCUGUGGGACAUCCUCAUCAAAGACAUCCCCAAGGAGGUGACAUCCUACACAUUCAGCAUGGAUAUCCUGAAGCCAGGCGUGAGCUACGACUUCCGGGUCAUCGCUGUCAAUGACUACGGUUUCGGCACCCCCAGCAGCCCUUCCCAGUCUGUGCCAGCCCAGAAAGCCAACCCGUUCUACGAGGAGUGGUGGUUCCUGGUGGUCAUCGCCCUCGUUGGCCUCAUCUUCAUCCUGCUUCUGGUCUUUGUGCUCAUCAUCCGAGGCCAGAGCAAGAAGUAUGCCAAGAAGGCAGACGCAGGGAACAGCUCCAAGGCCGGUGCCCUGGGCCACGGGGAGAUGAUGAGCUUGGAUGAGAGCAGUUUUCCCGCCCUGGAACUCAACAACCGGCGGCUCUCCGUCAAGAACUCCUUCUGCCGAAAGAACGGCCUGUACACCAGGUCCCCUCCACGGCCCAGCCCGGGCAGCCUCCACUACUCAGACGAGGAUGUCACCAAGUACAACGACCUCAUCCCCGCGGAGAGCAGCAGCCUCACCGAGAAGCCCUCGGAAAUCUCCGACUCUCAGGGAAGCGACAGUGAGUACGAGGUGGACCCGAGCCACCAGAAGGCCCACUCGUUCGUCAACCACUACAUCAGCGACCCCACCUACUAUAACUCGUGGCGGCGGCAGCAGAAGGGGAUCUCGCGGGCCCAGGCGUACAGCUACACGGAGAGCGACUCGGGCGAGCCGGACCCAGCCGCCAUCGCCCACAGCACCGGCCUCCAGCAGGGCAGCCUCUUUCGGCCCAAGGCCAGUCGGACUCCAACGCCGCAGAACCCCCCGAACCCCCCGAGUCAGCAGACCGCCCUCUACCGACCCCCCAGCAGCCUGGCCCCGGGCUCCCGGGCUCCUAUAGCAGGAUUUUCAUCAUUUGUUUGACGUUGCAAGAGGAGAAAGAAAGAAAACCGGCACCAAACACCUCCUCCACCCUGCCCCCAGCACCGCCUGCCAGAAAACAAAAACACCGAGAAACCAAGUCAACUUUUCACCUCCCAAGUUUAUUUUUUCAGAGAUUCCAGGGCCAGCAAAGCCAGUGUUGAGAAGGAGGGAGAACGAAAAUAUGAGACGUGUGUGGCCAAUAGUUAGUCCGCUCCGAGAUUGUAGGGUUUGCGGCAUCCUCGGGAGGGAAAAGGCCGAUUUAAGGCUGUGGGGGACGGACUGGACUGGGCCCCUGUGGAGAGGAAGGGAGAGAAGGCCAAGGACUGGGCAGCUGUAAGGCAGGCAUGGCUGAGGGACAAAGAAGCUUCCAGAUGUGCAGCCAGCUGCUCCUUGCCUGCAGAUGUGCUGGAGCCCCAGACCCACAGCCGGCCGCUGCUUUGCAGGGCUGGGCAUUCCUGGGGCCAAGGCUCAGCCUCUCUGGCCACACUUUCCCCAUCCCCUCCUCUCCUGCCCGGCCUUUCGACCCCCUGCCCACCUCUCUUGAGGUUCUCGCUCAACUUCUCCAUGAGGCAUUUGGUUUAUUUAGAAAAAGGAAAAAGAAAAAAAAAAAACUAACUAAAGGGUGAGAAUUUGUUUAGCUAGCUCCUUGUUCCUAAUAUUUUUUAAAAUUGUGAAACCAAGGAAGAGGCCCCUGGGGUAGGGGAGAGUAUCCCCCAAACUGAACCCCACCGUUACCUUACUUGACUUCGGUUUCCUGGGCAGAGAAGAGGAGAGCUGACUGACGUCUGGAGAGCAGGCCCGGAAGGCCUGGCCUGGGGCAGCGUGAAAAGCGUGGAUCCUGGGGGACGCAGGAAGUCAGAAAUGUAAGAAUGAAGCUUUGACUUUUCUGUCUCUCCCACCCCUGGCACCUGCCCCGUCUGUAAAGGAGGAGGGAAAUGGAAACUGCUAGAAAUUCAGCUUGCUGGGAUUGGGGGGCUAGGCAGGGUAGACACAUCAUGUUCCCCUGGAUAGACAGCUUCCUCCUAAUACACACACACACACACACACACACAAGGUCUCAUGUGCACAUGCAAAGUGAAGGGUCUAGGGAUCAUCUCUAGGAGAAAACCUUUCAGCCCCUCCAGCCACAUGGUGCACUCAUGCUGUGUCCCUGACACUCUCAAUCCUUAGGUCUCUGUGUUGAAAACACCCCCUGCCUCCUAAGCACAAGGACCAAAGAACCCCAAGGGAUGUCCAACCCCUGGUGCAGGGGCCAUGGUGCCCUGAGUUGGCCCAAUCCGCCCAGCGCCGUUCACAGAGAGUCAGAGAACGUCCCCACCCCCAAUAGAGUCUCCCAAGCCAGGCUCAGCCAGGCCGGCCAAGAGGGGCAGGUCAGAUGGGACCAGGGGACAAGAAUAGCUGUCGGGAAGAAAAGCUUUUACACACGCAGUCUGCUCCCAGGAAUGUUCUUUAAAAAAACACUUCUGGCAACCUGGUUCUUCCCAUCAGCGCGGUCCUUCCAGAUGCAAGGAGAGGGAGGAGCCUUUCCGUCUCACUCCCGUGGGACCCCAGCAGGCCCCGGGAAGCCAACCCCGCGGCCCGUCCCCACCAUCCGGGCAUGGCUGCCUCCCCAGGGACAUCGCGGCCGGCCCAUGUCCUUGGUGGGGCUGAGCUCGGGCACUGCUGGCCCUGCCCAGGAAGGGAUGCCCCAUUCUAGUGUGCGAGGAGAAGGGUUAGGGGAGGCCCUAAAGGGGGUAUUUGGGGAACAAGCCGUCUACGUUUCGUAGGGCUACCGUAACAAAGGACCACAAACUGGGUGGCUUAAAACAAUAAUGGAGAUGUAUCGUUUCUGGAUUCUGGAGACCAGAAGUCUGAAAUAAAGGAGUCAGCAGGGCCGCACCCGCUCCCGUGGGCUCCAGGGGAGGAGCCUUCCUUGCCUCGAUGGCUCCCGGUGACCCCAGGUGUUCUUGGCUUGUGGCUGUGUCACCCUGAUCUGCCUUCCCUGCCAUGCAGCCGUCUUCCCACUGUGUCUGAAUCUGUGUCCAGAUCACCCUCUUAAAAGGACCCCAGUCAUGUUGGUUUAGGGCCCACCCUCAACUGGCUGACCUUAUCCUAACUUGAUUUCAUCUGCAAAGACUCUGUUCCCAAAUAAGGUCACUUCCACAGGUUCUGGUUGGACAUGAAUUUGGGUGGAACACUAUUCGGCCCAAUACACAACCCAAGGGAAGAGGGGGCCUGUACCCCUUCCUCACCCACCCAAGAUCAGCUACUGGGCUGAUGCCGACUGGGGAGGGAGGGCCAGGGGUCCGAGGAAGGGGCCCUGCAGCCCUGGGCUCCUCCAGACUCAUUCGGGUCCCAGAAAUGUAAAUGGAGGGAUGUUGGAAGACAGCAGACAGGCUGGCCGCUCUGGGGUCCCAAGUGUGCUUUCUCCACUCAGUGGGUCUUGGAAGGGAAAACAAGGCCUUUCCCCCAAAGGAGGACAAAAGGCUAAGGUAACAGGGCUCCGUACCUUUCCAGGCAGCUCCCGCCCCAGCCCCCUGCCCCCACCACAUCUGGCAUCUCCAUAGCACAUCUGCAGCUGCCAGCAUUUAACCUGCUCCUCCUUUUUCUUUUCUUUCCUUUCACCUGUUUGUUUGUUUGUUUUAACAACCACCACCACCUUGUCCUUUUCCCAUUUAACCAUUUAAGGACGUUCCCAGUUUGCAUUAGGGAAUUAUUUUAGUCCAGCCCAGAAAGGGAUUUUUUUUUUUUUGAGGCGAGGAGAUGAGUACAUUGUUUGCACGAGACCAAUUUCCCCUUUCUUUAAUGAAUCACCCGAUGUACUAAGAUACUCACCCCCACACACAUGCUAACUCACAGCCAUCCUGACACACGUGUGCACAUGGGCUAAUACAGAUAUGCACAGAAAACACAUCCAUACACGUUAGCAGAGAGGCUCUUGCAGCUUGCAACUCCCUCCAAUGGCAUACACUGUCUCUUUGCUAAGAGACACAGGCAGCCUGAGUCACUCCCACUCGGGGUGCAGCUCGGCUCUGUCAUCUGUGAGGGUGGUUGUGCAAACCAGAGCCCUUAGAAGAACUGUAAAGUCAAGCUGGGCCCGAGGGAAAGUCCCACGCUCAGUCAACACCCACCCCCCUGAAACAUCACUUCCACUGGCUCUGCAUCUGGGAGCCCAGGCCUCCAGCUGUGGAACCCUAGAUUUUCCCAGAGGACACUUUGCUCCUGGAUCCAUAUCUAAUGGGGCAGUGGAGGCUCCUGACUCCCCUCCCAAAUCCCCUGGCCCCAUUAGAAGGGUCUGCUGGGCACUGCCCGGGGGUGACGGGGAGCUUCCCUGACCAUCGAGGCCCUGGGCCCCCUGCCCAUGUGACCCCACCCCAAGUAGGGCUUGGCCCGGCUGUGCCCUAGGAAAUCUCCGCCAGCAUCAGUGCCAGCUCCGCAUCUAGGCUGCCAAGAUGAACCAAAAAGACACCCUGGGUGCCCAAAGCAUCUUCGUCCUAGAGCUCCAGGGAGUUUGCCAACCCAGGCUGCCCGCUGUGGGCUCCCCCACACCCCACCUGACACUGCCAGCAUUCAGAGCAAACAAGGACAUGGCGGGGGCUGCCCUGCCCUGUGUGCACUGCCUCGAGGCCUUCUGCCGCUGCCCACACCUCCCUGGGCAGAGCUUCUAAAGUUGCCAGGGCCUAGCCGUGGGCCACUCCGGGCAGCGGCCUCCCUCGCCAUCCCAUAGUGCUCAUCUGGGUGAGGGGCUCGAGGGCGGGAGGGUGGGAAGGGGGCCGUCUGAGCAGCAGCCCACUCCCCGAGUGCCUCUGCAUGGCCCUGCCCCGGGCCCCUCCACCGGGCACGCCAGCACAGCCACCCUGACCAGCCACCUCCCCAGCCCAGGGGCCCCCGGGGACCACCUCCACCUUCUCUUUGUUUUUGUAAGAAUAACCAAAAGUGUUUAAUAAACGUGGUACCUUUCUUUACUCAUAUAGAUUCCAAAAGCAAAAACCAACACAAAUCUUUAUUUUUUGAUUUUAAAGAUAUUAUGAAAAAGUAUGGGAGAGUAUUCAUUAUGGCUGUAAGAAAAAAAGGUGUCUGUAAGAAAAAAAAAAAAAAUAUAUAUAUAUAUAUAUGUCACAUAGCUUGUUGGCAGGUUUAUUUUUAAAUGGAAGGUAAGAAAGAAAUUGAUUUGAAAUAUAUACCAUGAGAAGUACCAUGUCCUGUCAAAC